AUGGCAAGACAACUAACCAUCUUCUUUAAUUCAACACGACUUUCUCUUCACUAUAACAAAUCAGGAAAACAACCUAUCAGAUUUCCAUGUACUGACAGUGAAUAUGUAGCAGUGUUUGGAAAAGAAUUAAAUUGGUUUUCACCAGCAAAACGUACCUAUCAAUGUACUUUCAAAGGUUAUGAGGAAGAAGCUAUUACUUGGUGA